AUGGCGAACGCUUCCAGGAGUUUCCUCCUGCCUGGAUCCUUGCUUCACAAGCUACAGAUAACCACACAUCCGACGAGGACCUCAAGACUCGCAAGCUGUCGACUUGGCCGCUUCUCUUGUUCGCCGAACCGGACCAGUCGGGCCGGGAGCCAGUCGAGCGGAUUCCGAGAGCCUCUGGACACAUCCUCCUGGAAGCCUCGCGUCAACCGGCGAUGGACACCCAUGACCCUCGUCCUCGUCUCCGUCCCCAUCCUCACCUUUGCCCUCGGUACUUGGCAGGUCCAACGCUUGAGCUGGAAGAAAGACUUGAUCAAAGACUUGGAGAACAAGAUGGCUCUCGAGCCGAUUGGCUUGCCCAAACAUAUCAAUCCGAAAGUCAUCCCUGAGUUUGAGUAUCGAAAAGUCAAACUGAGAGGCAGGUUCGAUCACGCCAAGGAGAUCUUCAUCGAGUCUAGAACCCGCGAAGCAGAGCUGGGAUAUCACCUCAUCACUCCUUUCUAUCCUGACAACGGCGGCGAGCCGAUCCUCAUCAACCGUGGAUUCAUCAAGCGCGAAUUCAAAAAUCCCCAAUCUCGUCCCCUCAGUCGUGAGUCAGCAGAUAUCGAGGUUGUCGGCAUGCUCCGCAAACAGGAGAACAAGUCCUUCUUUCAACCGAGCAAUUCGAAAGGCUCCAACCAAUGGUACUUUGUCGAUAUCCAAGAGAUUGCAGACCAUCUGGGUACCUCGCCAAUCCUCGUCGACGCCAUUACUUAUGCCAAUAGUGGCAAGUUGAAGGAGAUGGCUUCUAAAGGUCUUCCGAUCGGAAGAUCCCCUCAGAUCUCUCUCCGCAACAUGCAUGCCACAUACAUUGCCACCUGGUAUGGGCUAUCUGCGAUCACUAGCGUCAUGGCUAUCAUCCUGUUGCGCAAACCCAUGUCGGGCAAAUCAAGAUACACUGGUAUCAAUUGA